AUGCUGACACUAAAUUGCGCCUUGCUCAAGGAAAGGAAGUUGAUCGCUGCCGUCGUUAACGACAGCCUCCCCGUCGCUCUGCUGCAGGACGAGAUCAAGUCGAAGUUUCCCAACACCGUGUGGGCUGCGUGUGAUCUGCAGCUCUUCUUGGCGAAGAAGUCCGACGGCACGUGGCUGGACGCUCAUAGUGACUUCGCUUCUGUGGAGCUCGAUGGCGACGGUUGCCCGCAAGGGCUCGUGGAGAUGCAGCCACUGCUGUGGCCCAAGAACCCCAGGUACUUCGGAGCCAACUUUAAGCCAGCGGUGGGUCAGCUGCACGUGCUGGUGGUGACUCCGAAA